CCAGAGCGGCGCGGGGCCCAGGCCGCGGGGCCGGCGCGGUCAGCAGACAUGAUGAGCACCAAGGCCUUCACCCUGGUGCCAGCCGUGGAGUGGAACCUGCUGCUGGGGGAGCAGGAGCGUGUGCACAUUGAGUGUGUGGAGUGCUGCGGCCAGAACCUCUACGUGGGCACCCAUGAUGGCUGCAUCUACCACUUCCUGCUGGAGGAGAGGACUUUGCCCGUGGGCACGGCAACUUUCACCGCCACCAAGCAGUUGCACCGCUACCUGGGUGCCAGGAAGCCGGUGAGCGAGCUGAGGGCAGCCUCGGCCCUGCACAGGCUGCUGAUGCUGAGUGACAGUUGCAUCACGCUGGCCGACAUGCUGAGCCUGGAGCCUGUGCCCUCGGGGGCCCGCAUCAAGGGCGCCCUGGCCUUCACCCUCAACGAGAACCCGGUGAGCGACGACCCAUUCUGCGUGGAGGUGUGCAUCAUCUCGGCCAAGCGACGCACCCUGCAGGUGUUCCUGGUGUACGAGGACCGGGUGCAGAUCCUGCGGGAGGUGUCGACGUCUGAGCAGGCCCUGGCCGUGGCCGUGGACGGCCCCUUCCUGUGCCUGGCUCUGACCACCCAGUACAUCAUCCUCAACUACCUAACCGGCAUCGCCCAGGACCUGUUCCCCUACUGCAGUGAGGAGAAGCACCCCAUUGUCAAGAGGAUCGGCAGGCAGGAGUUCCUUCUGGCAGGCCCUGGAGGGCUGGGCAUGUUCGCCACAGUGGCAGGAAUCUCCCAGCGAGCCCCUGUGCACUGGUCAGAGAAUGUGAUUGGAGCAGCUAUCUGCUUCCCCUAUGUCAUAGCCCUGGACAACGAGUUCAUCACAGUUCACAGCAUGCUGGACCAGCAGCAGAAGCAGACCCUACCUUUUAAAGAAGGCCACAUUCUUCAGGAUUUUGAAGGAAGAGUGAUUGUUGCCACCAGCAAAGGUGUUUACAUCUUGGUCCCAUUACCACUAGAAAAGCAGAUACAGGAUCUCCUAGCCAGCCACAGAGUGGAGGAGGCUUUGGUUCUAGCCAAAGGAGCCCGGAGGAAUAUUCCAAAAGAAAAAUUUCAGGUAAUGUACAGAAGGAUCCUGCAGCAGGCGGGUUUUAUACAGUUUGCACAACUUCAGUUCCUGGAAGCCAAAGAACUGUUCAGAAGCGGCCAGCUUGACGUCCGGGAGCUGAUCUCUCUCUACCCCUUCCUGUUGCCCACGUCCUCUUCCUUCACACGGUCUCACCCUCCUCUCCAUGAGUACGCAGACCUCAACCAGCUCACCCAGGGGGACCAGGAGAAGAUGGGCAAGUGUAAGCGCUUCCUUAUGAGCUACCUGAACGAAGUCCGCAGCACAGAGGUGGCCAAUGGCUACAAAGAAGACAUUGACACAGCCUUGCUCAAGCUGUAUGCAGAGGCCAACCAUGAUAGCCUGCUGGACCUGCUGGUCACUGAGAACUUCUGUCUCCUCACAGACAGCGCUGCUUGGCUGGAGAAGCACAAAAAGUAUUUUGCCCUUGGACUGCUGUAUCACUAUAACAACCAAGAUGCUGCUGCUGUUCAGCUGUGGGUGAACAUUGUAAAUGGUGACGUUCAGGACUCCACACGCUCAGACCUGUACGAAUACAUCGUGGAUUUCCUCACCUACAGCCUAGACCAAGAGCUCGUGUGGAAGUAUGCCGACUGGGUCCUGCAGAAAAGUGAAGAGGUUGGAGUUCAAGUUUUCACCAAGAGACCUGUGGAAGAACAGCAGCAGAAGAGUUUCAACCCCAAUGACAUCAUCACUUGCCUUAAAAAGUACCCCAAAGCCCUGGUUAAAUAUCUAGAACACCUAGUUACAGAACAAAAACUGCAGAAGGAAGAGUACCACACACACCUGGCUGUCCUCUACCUGGACCAGGUGCUGCAGCAGCAGAGGCUAGGCGCCAGCAGCAAAAACACAGAGGCCAGCGAGACACAGGCCAAGCUCCGUCACUUGCUCCAGGAGUCUGACCUGUAUCGAGUUCACUUCCUGCUAGAUCGGACCCAGGGAGCCGGGCUGCUCAUGGAGAGUGCCAUCCUGCAUGGGAAGCUGGAGCAGCAUGAGGAGGCCUUGCACAUCCUGGUGCAUGAGCUGGGGGACUUCUCUGCAGCUGAGGACUACUGCCUGUGGCGUUCUGAGGGCCGAGGCCCAGCAUACCGUCAGCAGCUCUUCCACACACUGCUCGGCCUAUACCUGGGCGCCAGCCCCUCUGCACAGGAGCUGAGCGUGGCAGCAGUGGACCUCCUGAACCACCACGCUGCUGAAUUUGAUGCAGCCCAGGUCCUGCAGCUGCUGCCCGGCACUUGGUCGGUGCAGCUGCUGUGCCCUUUCCUGAUGGGAGCCCUGAGGGACAACAUCCAUACCAGGAGGACCACACAGGUGGCCGUGGGGCUGGCCAGGUCUGAAAACCUAAUCUACAAAUAUGACAAGAUGAAGCUGAAAGGAAGCUCGGUCUGCCUGUCUGACAAAAAGCUCUGCCAGAUGUGCCAAACCCCCUUCUGUGAGCCUGUGUUUGUCAGAUACCCAAAUGGUGGCCUGGUCCACACCCACUGUGCUGCCAGCAGACGCAGCAACCCCAGCUCCCCGAAACUGGGCACUCGGACUUGAAGAAGCCGGCCCUGGGGUGCCAGGUGGGACCCUGAGUUCUUCACGUCAGUGCACUUGUGUUGGCUGAGAUGAAAGGAGCCUGUCCGGGUGCUGGAGACUCAGUCAAUAUGAAGUAGGGGCUGUCACUGCCGAUCACCCCACACUGGAUGUAAUGGAAGAAUCCCCCAGAAUAGAGAAGAGAGAGUUUGCCCAUCCAGGUACAUGGUGAUCAAAACCAAUGUCUACUCUGCAAGGAAACUGAGCCUUCCCUGUGCAGCCCAGACAGUCUGGGUCCCCACUCCUGUGCCCGAUCUUGAAACACUUAUUUGCACUGGAAACAUUGGCUUCAGGGUGGCACAGGGGGAAAACCCUUUUGACUGGGUGAGUGUGCAGGGGCAUCAAACCCUGCAGCUGGCACGCUUCACCCAGCACCCUUUCCUUCCUCUGGGUGCAUUCCCCAUCUCUGGAGCUCAGUCCCUGGGUCUGCUUAUUUCCUGGGGUUACCUCUGCCUUUGCCCUUUGAAAUUGCUGAUGAGCUAUAGGAAGGUACUUCUCCUCCUUCCUAUGGCUCAGCCAGAUCUCACCCCG